CUCCUCACGGCGUUAAUUCUGCCUCCGAGAUCAAGUCCACCCCACUUGCAGUCGGCUCUGCCGCUGUCAGCGAACACAUCAGUACUCUAGGCCUCAGGGUCAGGGAUAUCCGCCCAUGGAUCACUCGGGACGUCGAGAAUUACACAAAAUGCGAAGCCGACGAUAUGCUGCAGGGACUCCUCUGUGGCUUCGACGAGCGGCGUCCUCGCAGUGAGAAAUCGAAAUUGCUUCAAGAUUCUCUUGAAGCCGUCCUGGACAUCUGCAACAACACUCCGGAAAUCACGGAUAACUUGACUGAAUUUGCCAAUUGCGCCACAGAGCCUAGUUCGUACCCGUCCUUCGUGCGUGCGGCCAAUGCUGCACUCCUCAAACUGAGGAACUUGGAAGUCUCCGGACUACCGGCUUCCCCGCACAACGACGAUACCGACAUCUUGUUCCAUUAUAACGACAAGGAUAUAAAGCAAAGGCACCAAGGCGCAGAGUCUACGCGCAAGCCAGACGUCGUUCUCGUCUCUCGGAAAGCAGUGAAGGGUGCGGCGAAGGGUAGAGAGACUAAGAGUAAGGCUAAAGGUAAGGGCAAGGGUAAGAGUAAGGGCCAGGCUAGUACGGGUAACGACGACGACGAAGACCAAGAUACCGAAGAGUUUUACACGAACAAAGCGGCCAAGAAGCCUCACGGCAACUUCAAAUGGGUCGAUGUUCGAUCGACCGUGGAGUUCAAACGCAACUCCACUAUAAAUCCUCCAGUAUUGCCUUACAAAGUGUCAGAAUACGCUCCCCCUAAUCCAAGGCUCAAAUAUCUGAACCUUUGGAAUGCAACCGAAAACCUUGAGCCAAGAGCUGCGGCUCCUGCUCCUGCCGCGGCUCCUACUCGAAGCUCGAACAUGCCAUCGAAUGAACCGCAGGGUACGCGUACGUCCGAGCGGCUGAAAGUAAAAUCAGACAGCAAACGUAAAUCUGAUCAGUUGGACGCCAACGAGCCUACUUCCAAGCGUCAGAAGAAACCCGAUGAGAUCCUCGCGGACCAGAAGGAAACCAAGGAGGAACCUGAAAAGAUUCAUCCAAACGUCCAGAAUGGUCUCUAUGUCGCGGAGAUAUUGGCCGCCAACAUCGCGCUGCAGUGCGUGAUAUCAUAUGUGGUGAACAAUGAUAUCAUUUACAUAUGGUACUUUGAUCGAGAAAAUGCCAUCCAAUGCGCCGGCAUCAACUUCAUAAAGGAUCUUCCCCGGUUCCUUGUGCUAUUGCUUGCCAUGCAGCGCAUGAGGGACGAGCAAUGGGGUCAUAAUCCGAAUUUCACUCACGUUCCCGGCGUCUCGUGCGAGGUCGUCGUCGGAGAUGUCGACCUGACAUUGGACUUAAAGUCUGACACACGCAUAACCCACUUCGGUCUGCGCGGCCGCGCAACGAACGUUUUCCCUGUGCGAAGCAAGUAUCUUUCGGACAUACAGAAGAGGGAGGUUUGUGGCAAUGAUUCGAAGGAACUGAUCGCCAAGUUGUAUUGGCCAGAAGAGCGACGUCAGAGCGAGGACGAGAUACUCCAGAACGUGUAUGACAUCGCGAGCAAGGAGUCGACAGUGAAGGGCCACAUCCCGGACAUGGUGUGGUUCCACAAAUUUGACGAGACGUCCACGACAAAAAUCAGGAGGUCUCUAGGAAUUCAAGACGCUGACGCUAAAAGAGGCAGUCGCGUUUUGUAUAUCAUCGUGUUCAGGAAGCUCAUCCCCAUCACGUCGCUGAGCGGAGACGAUUUUCUUAGCGCAUGGUGGCAAGUUGUGCUAUGUCAUUACACUCUCUGGAAGCACGACGUCCAUCACCGCGACGUCAGCCCCAACAAUCUCAUGGUCUACAUGUUGAACGGCCGAUGGAUCGGGGUCCUCAACGAUUACGACCUCUCAUCGAUGAAACGCGAUGGACCCAGCGGGAAGGAGCGGACAGGAACAGUACCAUUUAUGGCAAUUGACCUGCUCUCCGAGCUUGGCCUCCAAGGCCAAGUCACGCACUUGUACCGGCACGACGCUGAAUCGUUAGUGUGGGUCCUCGUCUGGGUCUGUCUUAGGUACCAAGGAGGCAAGUUGCUGAGGAAUGGAAUGCUCGAUGACUGGCUCAAAGUGGAUGCUCUUGGAUGCUGGAAGGAAAAAUCAGCCUUUUUUAUCCACCUUCGGCACGGGAAGGCCGAGAAGAGCAACAUAAAGCCCUCGCUGUCACAUCAAUCUAACUGGAAAAUAGCGGUGGCUUGCCUGGGCACUAUCUAUUAUGCUCCCAUGGCCGAAACGGACGAAUCCAACGGGUCUAUUCUUCAGAAAUGGCUACUAGAUAACGUGGAGUCUGUCGCUCCAGACAUUAUAGCUCGCUAUCCCAUCAAAGUAUCAUAAGCUUCAUAUUACAGUCUUGUAUCACGUGCAUACGUCCUUUGUAUUAGAGAUUAUACAUAUCUACCUGAAACUAUUUGCACACUAAGUACGUUUGUAGCUUCAAUUAUGUCAGACAUGGUUGACGCUAUGUGCUGACUUAUAUUCAAAUUUCUACAUCCUUUCCGUGUCAUAUUUGAUUUGGUAUUUGUCGUCGAGAAUCCUCCCGGCUUUCUGGUAUUUUGUCUAAGGAACUGAUCACCGAGCUCUAUUGGCCAGAAGAGCGA